AUGUCGAAAGAUGAUUCUGAUCGAACUAUGCUAUCUUGGCUAGCAGAGAAUCAGUUUGAGGUAGUGGUGGAAGUCCUUAUUGAGAAUGGCGCUGAUCUCGAGUCAAAAGCCGAUUCCGGUCGAACACCGCUGUUGUGGGCAGCACGGUGUGCCAAUAACGCAGUGAUUAAACGGCUCUUAGACAAGGGGGCCAAAAUGCAUGACGAGGAAACUGCUACCGCUGUCCAGGAGUGUUUGGAGUGGUCAAUGACUAAUUGA